CUAAUUAUAUAUACCUCCCCUCUCCUCCUCUCCACCGCUCAAACUAUCUCUUCUUUCUCAAACUGGAAUCCCCUCUAUAACAACAAACAAAACCCUCUCUCUUUCUCUUCCAUUAAUUUCGCCUUCUGCAUCUUACCUGAAAAUGGCAAGCACCAACCCAGAGUCGAUCUCAAAUGACGCCGUCGCGGCGGUUCCGCAGGAGAAUUCGUCGUCCUCGAUUUACAUGGGGAACCCGGAGGAGCUGCAGAAAGUGUUCGACCGGUUCGACGCCAAUGGCGAUGGCAAGAUCUCCGCCACUGAGCUCCGGGACGUGCUCAAGGCGAUGGGCUCCGAUUACACGGAGAACGAGGUCCAGCGUGUGAUGGAGGAGGUCGAUGCCGAUCGCGACGGUUUCAUUAAUUUUCAGGAGUUCUCCGACCUCUGCCGCUCUAACUCCUGUGACUCCUCCGCGGAGCUCCGUGACGCCUUCGACCUCUACGAUCAAGAUCACAACGGCCUCAUCUCCUCCUCCGAGCUCCACCUCGUCUUGAACCGCCUCGGCAUUAAAUGCUCCGUGGAGGACUGUGUUCGCAUGAUCGGCCCCGUCGAUUCCGACGGCGACGGCAAUGUUAACUUUGAGGAGUUCCAGAAGAUGAUGACAACUUCCCUUGCUCCCGCCAAAGAGUAGAUUUCAUUCUCUCCUCUUUCCUCAAUUGCUUAUAUUAUUGGGGAAGGAGGAUUAUGAACCUCUUCUGAUGUGGAUCUGGAAACGAAAUUGAAAAUUGAAACGGUGGGUUUUCUUUAUAUUCUCCAGAUUUUGCAGAGAGGCUUUCGUUUAUCUUCCUUAUUAGGAUUACUCUGUUUACCUUAAUCUCAUGAUAUAUGAAUGACGAACCUGUAUCCGAAAAUGGAGGUUUCAGCUUCUUCAUCAAUGUCUUCCUUUUUCUAGGAAAAAAAACUGCUUUAAUUCGUUACUAAAUUAAACGAGGAACGCAGGCAUGUAGUUUCGUUCAAUUUAACUGAUCUGUUUUAAUUUCUGUUUGGUUCGCUGGAAAAUUCAUGCCUCGGUUAUCCAGUAGUUUAGCAAACGAAAUUGCUGUAAAUCUAGUGCUCGAUACCUUCCAUUCUGAUUACAUUUACAUGGAUGUUUUAUCUUCA